UAUUUUGUUUUUUCAUGUAAUAUGUGUAUCUAAAUUUAAUUGCAUAGCCUUAAAUAUUUAUUUCUCAUUGAUUGUUUGUCAUAUUUUUCUGUUUAAUUAUAGUGUUAAUUAGGGUUAAAUAGUGAGAGGAAUUUUACUAGUGCUUUUGUCAUUUUAUUUAUUGUCAUUCAUACAUUUUUUUGAGUACAUUGUAUAGAAAUGUUUUUUAGUAACUAGUUAUUUAUUGUCUUACAGUAGAAAGUGUAUCAUUCAUGUGGUAGCUAGCAGAAUUUGGAAAUAUUUCAGUAUUGUAUUGACUUUGCUCUAUUUGAUCUUGGAUUAGCUUAUCUGUGUGCAUAUUAUUCAGAUAUUUAUUGCUAUUAGUCAUUUGUUAUAAGGAAAUCAGUUUAGAAUAUAUAACUGUGUCACAAUGAAUAUUCUUUUGAUUGGAGAUUCGAUGAUUAAACGCUUGGAAGCGCAUUUAUCUGAGGAUUUGGAUGUUAUUUUUUACCGAGGAACAACCAUUGAGAGGUUAACCAGUAGAAUUUCUAAAAUAAAGAAACACUAUGAUUGGAUUUUAGUGCAUGUGGGCACCAAUAACAUAUCAGUUGAUAGUGUAGAAAUAAUACUUCAAAAGUAUAGGUCACUGGCUAAUGAGAUUUUACGAGUCAAUCCAAAGGCAAGAAUUAUUUUCUCCAGCAUCAUUCCUAGAGAUUUUAAUUACUUUGAAAACGAUUACUGGAAAACUGUUGAACAUAUAAAAAUCUUAAACCAUAAGAUUGAAGCUGUAAAUAAAGCAUUAGAAAAGUUGUGCCAUAAUGAAGAUGCUUUUAUCUUUUGCAGUUCUAACGAGCCAUCCUGGUCUGGUUUCCUGGGAAAAGAUGGUUUACAUCCUAAUAAAUGUGGUGAUCUUCGCUUGGCCAAUUAUUUCUGUAGGUUUUUAAAGAAAUGCAUUUCUUCAGAUAAUGCAUCUCGAAAGAGGAAAAAUUGCCAGUUGAUCACCUCGGGAUAUAUUUUGGAUUCUUUGGAGUUUCCUCCAUUGCCUUCCUGUGAUCAGCCUUCAUUUUUAUCAUCAUGGACACAGCAUUCUGAUUCUGCUGUGCCUUGUAGCGAGGUACCAACUUUUGUUGACCCAGUUCCUUCAUAUGUUUCUUCUUUUCCAUCAGCUUCUCUAAAGGAUCAAAAAUGCCAAUCAAUUGCUCCUAAAUUCAUUUUUGAUUCUACUGAGUUUCCUGCAUUGUCUUCCUCAAGGCAAUCUUCAUUUUUAUCAUCUUGGUCUAAACAUCCUGCUUCUUGGCCUUUGGUACGCCCAUCUGUUUCAGCUUGUGCAGUCUCAACCCUCUCUGCCUGUGCCUCCUACUCUCCCAGCCUCUCUGCAUGUACCUCCUACUCUCUCUGCCUGUGCCUCCUACUGGUCAUGUUUAAUUUCUUGUACCUAUUGUUUCUUAUGUGCCUAUGGUUCAGUUCUUACCAUUCCAUUCUGUUGCUGUGUCCUAUCCUCCAUUUUAUGUACCUGUUAUUCCACCAUUUCUACCUGCUGCUGUUUCCUCUCUUCCAACAUGCAGUCAGUCAGUUGUUGCAUGCACUCUGCCAACCCACUCUGAACCAGAACCUGCUCGCACAUCUCCAGUCCACUCUGAACCAGGAGCUCCUCGUAUUUCCCCAGCCCAGUGUCGGCCAGCAUGUGCUUCUAACAAACUUGGAAAGGCAAGAAUUACUAAGAUAAGUAAAAAUAUUUUUUCA